AUGACUGAGAGCACCGGGGGUGAGGAUUGCGAGGAGCUGCACUCUCCCGUGGAUGAUGACGAUGAACUUCUCAGAUACAUCUGGAGGGAGUACUUACACCCAAAAAAGUAUGAAUGGGUCCUCAUCGUGGCUUAUAUUAUUGUCUUCUUCGUUUCUCUCAUUGGAAACUCGCUCGUUUGUUUUUCAGUGUGGAAAAACCGCCACAUGCGUACUGUUAUCAACUACUUCAUAGUGAAUCUCUCCUUGGCUGAUGUGUUGGUCACCAUCAUCUGCCUGCCUGCCAGCCUUGUGGUGGACAUCACAGAGACGUGGUUCUUUGGAAACACGCUUUGCAAAAUUGUGCCUUAUCUUCAGACAAUUUCAGUUUCUGUGUCAGUCCUGACACUGAGCUGCAUCGCCCAGGACCGCUGGUAUGCCAUCUGCCACCCGCUGAUGUUCAAGAGCACUGCCAAGAGGGCUCGUAAGAGCAUUGUUAUCAUUUGGGUGGUGUCAUGCAUCAUCAUGAUCCCUCAGGCUGUUGUGAUGGAGAGCAGCAGCCUUCUGCCUGAACUAACAAACAAGACCAGCCUGUUCACAGUGUGUGAUGAGCACUGGGGAGCUGAAAUCUACCCGAAGGUGUAUCACACAUGCUUUUUCAUCGUCACAUACUUUGCACCACUCUGUCUCAUGAUCCUAGCAUACAUCCAGAUCUGUCACAAGCUGUGGUGUCAGCAGAUUCCUGGGAGCACAUCAGUGCAGCAGAGGAAGUGGAGGUCGAUGCAGUGCUCGACCUCCGCUCCAGCAGUGGGAGAACAGGCGAGAGUCCGGACCAGCACGGUCUGCGCUGAGAUCAAACAGGUCCGAGCUCGCCGCAAGACAGCCAGCAUGCUUAUGGCGGUGCUCUUUGUGUUCGCUGUGUGCUACCUGCCAAUCAGCGUGCUGAAUGUCAUGAAAAGAGUCUUUGGAACAUUCAAGAAAACCAACGACAGAGAGAAAGUUUACGCAUGGUUCACGUUCUCACACUGGCUCAUAUAUGCCAACAGUGCGGCUAAUCCCAUCAUCUACAACUUCCUCAGUGGUAAGUUCCGGAAGGAGUUUAAAGCAGCUUUUUCCUGCCAAUGUUACAGAAAAAGCCCAAAUCAAUCAAAGAGCAGAAGGACCAGAACGAGCACAGAGAGCCGGAAAUCCCUGUCGACUCAAGUGAACCACAUGGACAACGUGUCCCGCAUAUCUGAUCAGAUAGUGUAG